AUGAAGACCAUCAUCACCCUUAUGUUCCUCUGGGGGCUGUCCUGUGCUCUUCCAGUCUCCAGAUACCAAAAUACUGAAUCUGAAAGCUCUGAAGAGAGGAUGGGCAGUUUGGCUCAGUCACCACCACCACCCACGGUAAGUAGUGAGUCAUCAGAAGAGAGUAAAGUUAGCCCACAGGGACAGGCAAAUAGUGACCACACGGACAGCAGUGAGUCUGAAGAGGACCUGGGCUCCGACCGAGGCCAGUAUAGACCAGCUGGUGGUCUCUCUAAGAGUACCGGGACCGGCACUGAUAAGGAGGAUGAUGAAGAUGACAGUGGAGAUGACACCUUUGGCGAUGAGGACAAUGGCCCAGGGCCCAAAGAAGAACAGUGGGGAGGACCCUCCAGACUGGACAGUGACGAGGACUCCGCUGACACCACACAGUCCACUGAAGACAGCACCUCUCAAGAAAACAGUGCCCAAGAUACCCCCAGUGACAGCGAGGAUGAGGCAGACAGCCGGCCUGAGGCAGGCGACUCCACUCAGGACAGUGAGAGUGAGGAACAUCGGGUGGGAGGUGGCAGCGAGGGCGACAGUAGCCACGGGGACGGCUCUGAGUUCGAUGUUGAAGGGAUGCAGAGCGAUGACCCCGAGAGCACCAGGAGCGAUCGAGGCCACGCCAGAAUGAGCAGCGCUGGUAUCAGGUCAGAAGAAUCUAAAGGGGACCACGAGCCCACGAGCGCUCAGGAUUCAGAUGACAGCCAAUCUGUGGAAUUUUCAAGCAGGAAGUCCUUCAGAAGGUCCCGCAUCUCUGAGGAAGAUGACAGAGGUGAGCUUGCUGACAGCAACAGCAGGGAAACCCAGAGCGACUCCACAGAGGAUACCGCUUCCAAGGAGGAAAGCAGGAGCGAGUCUCAGGAGGACACAGCCGAGAGCCAGUCCCAGGAAGAUAGCCCAGAGGGACAAGACCCCAGCAGUGAGUCCAGCGAAGAGGCUGAUGGGCCAUCCCAGGAAAGCAGCAGCGAGUCUCAGGAAGGGAUGGCCAGUGAGUCCAGGGGUGACAACCCAGAUAACACAAGUCAGGCAGGAGACCAAGAAGAUAGUGAGUCCAGUGAGGAGGGCAGCCUGAACACAUUCUCCAGCUCCGAAAGUCAGUCCACCGAGGAGCAAGCUGACAGCGAGUCCAGUGAGGGCCUCAGCCUCUCAGAGGAGAGUCAGGAGUCGGCCCAGGAUGGGGACAGCUCCAGCCAGGAAGGUCUCCAGUCUCAGAGCGCAUCAACCGAGAGCAGGAGCCAGGAGAGCCAGUCAGAGCAGGACAGCCGUUCUAAGGAGGAUGGUGACAGUGACUCUCAGGACAGUAGCCGAUCCAAAGAAGAGAGCAACUCUGUAGGAAGCAUUUCCAGCAGUGAGGAGUACCUCCACCCCAAAAACAUGGAAGCUGACAGUAGGAAACUAAUAGUUGAUGCUUAUCACAACAAGCCUAUCGGGGAUCAAGAUGACAACGAUUGUCAGGAUGGCUACUAACAUUAGCUUGUCUAAGAAAUGGCUCUCACAGGACGGAGUCUCGGGGGACCCAGAGUAGAGUGUUCACUAGAACUA